CAUUUGAUGCAGCUAAACAGUAACUUACUCAAACUGCUUCCAGUGCAAGAUAACCGGAUCUGGUGUCUUGAAUAAAUUCGGCAUUCGGGACACUAUUUUGCCGCUGUACCUUCUUUUUUUAUCUCUCCACGACAACGUACAAAGAAGCGAUCGAUCUCCUUUUGUCAUGUCACUGUUACUGCAGCCUUUACCAUCCCGACAUUUGAUAAACUCAGUUGUAACUCGGUCAAAACAUUCUCGAGCAAGUAAUUAUGAUGGCUGGUGGUCUUUAAUUCUUCAGCAACCUGCUCAGGAGCCCCAUGCCGCAUCAUUUACAGCCAAGGUACCCAUCGUAGUUCCAACAUUUGACGAUUUACCGAAACCUGUCAAAGUUGAAGAAGAUCCAAAGGAAAUCGUCACCUUGAGAGGUGAAAGGAUUGAGUUACCACAGAAACCCAAAGCGCCUGAAGACUGUUGUAUGAGUGGAUGUGCUUAUUGUGUCUGGGAUAUCUAUGCAGAGGAUAUGGAAGAAUAUCAGGAACAGAAGGCUGAAUUAAGGCAGCGGUUCAAAAAGGCAGGCGAACCGUUACCACCAUCACUAGCAGCAUCGAAAAAGUCGAUAGAGGCUCAGGUGCAAGACGAGAUGGAUCCAACCAUGAAAGCAUUUUAUGCCAUGGAAAAGAAAAUGAAGGGCAAGUAAAAUGUUUGUGGAUGGAAGCAAAAUCACGUGAUAUAAUAUGUACAUAGUCGAUACCAAAUAGAGCGAAAAGGAGAUGAGUAGAGCCAAUUGUACCCAAUCAAUGACAACUCUUU